GCUGUUCCCAUUUGUAUCUGUGGCCUGAUUAGCAGAGUCUGUGAACUCGACUGCUGCUGUGACCCUGACUGCUCCUCUACAGACAUCAGUGUCUUUACUUCCUGUCUGCAGGGCAGUGAACUAACAUCCUAAUCUGGGAACAUCUGUCAGCACCAUGGCUGAAGGACAAAACGAGACAGAAUAUCCAAUGACUACAAAAAGAAUGAGAAUGGCCACAGAUCCAAACUCCAGAAUCACUGAGUUCUUGACAAAGUGGGAUGAUUUCCAGCUGUUCCAGUUGACAAAAUUUUACUGGGACAGACUAGACCAGGCGAUUGAAGAAGGGGUGGAUGGAGUCAGCUCAUUGUUAACAUACGAGCAGAUUUUCAAUGGACAAGAACAUCGGAAAGUCACCGAGCUCACGGAUAAGGGAAACCGGGCGGACAGUUCCAAGCUUCUCCUAAGUCUGGUGAUGGAGAAAGGCUCUCGGGCCCGAAGGGUGAUGUGGGAAUCCUUUGUGAAAGUGCAUCAUGGGGUCCCAAAGUUGGAUAAAAUAAUAAAAGAAAUACAGGAACUUGGUUCUGAUCCAUUUGAUUACAUGAACAUUGGAAGAGGUUUAUCUGAAAUACCCAGUCACCUGAAAGGUGUUCAACAGAAACACAAGGAGAUCCUCCGGGUUCAAACUGAAACAUUGAGAGAGAACACUAUCCUAAUAAAGGAGAAGGUUAAGAUUUUCCAGCUGAUUGAUCGAUACACUGAGCUAACGAUCAUUUCUAAUGUUCGAGAUCGGACACUUGUAGAACAUGAACUGCUGGCAAGAGGCCGAGACCAUGAAGAGUGGAGAGAGAAACAUCUCCGGAGAGAACUGGAAAAAAUCCGAACUGAUCAAUUGUUCCAGAGCAGUUUUUCCCUGAGAAAAUCCAAAUCUGGGAGUUCCGCAGCAGUGAGUGGAGUCCCAGGGAUCCGAAAAACAACAAUGGUACAAAAGAUAGUUUAUGGUUGGGCCACUGGGAAAAUAUACCCACACUUUCAAUUUGUUUUCAGUUUUAAAUUCCGGGAUUUGAACACCAUUAACUGCAGAAUAAACCUGAGGAAUCUGAUACUGUUUUUCUAUCCUUACUUUGGGAGUGUCCUGGGAGAGCUCUGGAAGAACCCAGAGGGAUUGCUGUUUAUAUUCGAUGGUUUGGAUGAAUUCAAGGACAGGAUUGAUUUUGCUGAUAAUCGGAGAAAUACAGAGCCUCAGUCCAUGUGCACUGAUCCUGAAUGCAGGUGUAAAGUGUCUGACAUUGUGUACAGUUUAAUACAGCACAAGCUGCUCCCAGGAUGUACAGUGCUAGUGACCAGUCGUCCCACUGCACUACAUUUAUUGAAAAAGGCUGAGAUCAGUGUCUGGGCUGAAAUCCUGGGAUUUGUUGGUGAAGAGCGGAAGGAAUAUUUCAACAAGUAUUUUGAAGAUCAGGCAGUGGCAGCAGCUGUUUUCAAAUAUGUGGAGGAGAACGAGAUCCUGUACGCCUUGUGCUACAACCCUUCCUACUGCUGGAUCCUCGGUCUGUCACUAGGCCCCUUCUUUACACAAAGAGACAGGAAACAACUGCAAAUUCACAGUAAAACCUCUGCAUUGAUUUCUGAUGUUGUUUCCAUGUUUCCUGUGAUAUUGGGCAAAACAAUUAAAUCUGAUCUGACUCCUGUUCCUCACCUCCAUUGUGAAAAUUCAGCCUGUUUUAAUGUAGUUCUCACUUCUCUGUUUAGAUUGAGUUCUAAUAAUCUGGGAGAUUUAGGAGUGAAACUACUGUCUGCAGCCCUGAGGAAUCCAGGCUGUAAAAUACAGGAAUUGGAACUGUGUAACAAUCCUCUCACACAUUCUUGUGCUAAGGAUGUUGCCUCCCUUGUCAGUACAAACCAGUCACUGACAAAACUGGACCUAAGUAAUAAUAAACUGAAAGAUUCUGGAGUGAAACUACUGUCUGCAGCUGUGAGGAAUCUGGGUAGUAAAAUACAGAAACUACGUAAGAACAUAAGAAAUAUGAGUGGGUGUAGAUCAUUUGGACCCACUAGCUACUAUGGAUCCUAUUUCUUUGUUCUUGUGCAGCAAGACCUGGAGAAUUUCCUGUAUGGUAAUGAUCUCACAGAUUCUGAUGCUGAGGAUCUCGCCUCUGCUCUCAGUACAAACCGGUCACUGACGGAUCUGAAGCUGAGUAAUAACAAACUGGGUGAUUCAGGUGUGAAACUAUUCUCUGUGGCUUUGAGGGAUCCGGACUGUAAAAUACAGAAACUGUGUCUAGGGGAUAACACUCUGACAGAUUCCUGUGCUGAGGAUCUUGCCUCUGUGUUUAAUCACUCACUGACACAUCUGAACCUGGCUGAUAACAAACUGGGAGAUUCAGGAGUGAAAAGACUGUCUGUAGCUCUGAGGGGAUCAGACUGUAAAAUACAGAAACUGGAUCUAAGCGAUAAUGAUCUCAGUGAUUCUUGUGCCGAGGAUCUCGCCUCUGCUCUCAGUACAAAGCGGUCACUGACCAAUCUGUCCCCGCUCUCCGCCACCUCAUCCUGACCUGCAGGACUCUGAAUCUGAUCGAGCUGUGGCGGAAUCAGUUCAGUUUCAAUGGGAAAAAUCAGCUGAAGUCGCUGCAGGAAACCAGAUCUGGACUGAGAUUGAAAUGUGACACUUUGGAUUGAUAAACAUUCCUGUUCUCAUUAAAGGGACAUGUUUACCCGAGUUUCUGUCCCCCCCCUUUAACCGGCCGCGCUCCAGGUUUAAAUCCUAUUGGCUGGUUCCCAGUUUCCAGCUCGAGCUGAGUGAGCGUCAUCUCCCAUUGUGACAUCAGAGGCCCAGCGACCGGGUCACGUGACUCAGCCGCCCGGCCCCGUCCCCGCAGGCGCUGCUUCUGCAGGAUAUCCAGGGCUGAAUGUUCCCCAAUGGGGCA